CUGAUGCACUUGGGCUGAUCGCACAGGGGGGAAUGAAGGGUGUUGGCGACUGAUGAGUUUUUAAAAAGGAAAACAGUCUAUUAAUUCAUUUUUUCUUAUUAUAUUACUCGAUUAAUUGUAAAUAAAAUAAUCGAUAGAAUACUCGAUAUCUAAAAUAAUUGUUUACUGCAGCCCGAGCCAAGAGGUCCGUGCUCACUCUGGAGGAGCUGCAGAGAUUCACAGCUGUUAGUCGUGUACUCCAUAAAUCUGGCUUUUAUGGAAGAGUGGCAAAAAGCAAUGCAAAACGCUAUGUGUGGUGGAAAACUAAGCCUGCACAUCCCCCUAGACUAGGGCGGAGGUUCACCUUCUAGCAGGAUGACAACCCUCAACAUCCAGCUAGAGCUGCAAUGGAAGGGUUUACAUCAAAGCAUAUUCAGUUGUUAGAACGGCCCAGUCACCGUCCAGACCUAAAUCCCACUGAGAAUCUGCGGCAGAGAAUAAUAGCCUUCAGAUGCUCUCGUUCCAACCUGACUAAGCGCGAGCUCUUCUGCACAGGAGAAUGGGCAGAAAUGUCAGCCUCCAGAUGUGCAAAGCUGGUAGAGACCGACCCCAAAAGACCUGCAGCUGUAACAGGAAAGGAGGUCCUACACAGUAUUAACCAGGGGGUCGGGGGCAGUACAAAUCAACCACACACUUUAUAGAUUUUUAUUUAUAAAACAUUGUGAAAAACUUGUUGGCAUGUCAGCUAGCUUCCCAGGCUUUCUGAUACUGACUAACGGUCUGAGGUCUCUUUUAUUUCCCAGUAAUGAGCCUCAGCAGCCACACCGUGCUGGAGCAAGGGUAUGGACUGGUAGGUCCCGCUACCAAACCUACCCACCAGUCCAAAUAAAAUUCAGCCCACUUUGCUGAACCCAUUGCAGCUUUCUGGAUUUCAUUUACCUCACCCAGCUGUAGCAUGACUAUGCCAACAGCUGGACAUGGAGGUCUCUGAUGACAGAUUCCCUUUAAACACUGUAUUGCAGGUUGGGGUCCACGUCACCAUUCUGGGCAUGGUCUUCUUGGUAAGGUCUGUCAGAGGUUUGGCCACAGCUGAAAUGAGGAACACAUUUUCGGUACUAACCGACAGUGCCCAAAAAGCCAUCCCUUGUUUCUUGGUCUGGGGUAUGGGCUGGUCUCUAAUAGCCUGUAUUUUAGAAGGUUCAGGUGGCAGUUUCCCUCCCCUACUCUAUGCCUCAGAUAUUGCACCUCCUCCAUGCCUAUUUAGCAUUUAUCUGAUGGAAAUGUUAUGCCAGUUUCCAGGAUUCGGUUUAGACCAAUCUUCACUUGAUGAAGGUGGUCCUUCCAGGUCUCACUAAAAGUAGCCUGUGCCUACUUAGAGAAGACUGCUAAGUCUCCACAUCUCUGGAGUCCAUCAUCUGGUCCAUUAUUCAGUGAAAAGUGGUAGAAGCCUUCUUCACCCUGAAAGGCAUGUUUAGGAAUUCAUACGGACACCAAACUGGGUUAUAAAAGCUGACGUCUCUCCUGCCAUUUUCUGUGCUGCUGCUACUACUACUGUUGCUACUACCCCUACACAGCUGCAGAUCUCCUUUCCAUACUUCUACUGCUGCCGGCACUACUACCCCUUCACAGCUGCGGAUCUCCUGACUGUCAGGUUCCAUACUGUACUGCUACCGGAACUACUACCCCUACACAGCUGCAGAUCUCCUGCCUGUCAGGUUCCAUACUGUACUGCUACUGCUGCCGGAACUACUACCCCUACACAGCUGCAGAUCUCCUGACUGUCAGGUUCCAUACUGUACUGCUACUGCUGCCGGAACUACUACCCCUUCACAGCUACAGAUCUCCUGACUGUCAGGUUCCAUACUGUACUGCUACUGCUACCGGAACUACUACCCCUUCACAGCUACAGAUCUCCUGACUGUCAGGUUCCAUACUGUACUGCUACUGCUACCGGAACUACUACCCCUACACAGCUGCGGAUCUCCUGACUGUCAGGUUCCAUACUGUACUGCUACCGGAACUACUACCCCUACACAGCUGCAGAUCUCCUGCCUGUCAGGUUCCAUACUGUACUGCUACUGCUGCCGGAACUACUACCCCUUCACAGCUACAGAUGUCCUGACUGUCAGGUUCCAUACUGUACUGCUACCGGAACUACUACCCCUUCACAGCUACAGAUCUCCUGACUGUCAGGUUCCAUACUGUACUGCUACCGGAACUACUACCCCUUCACAGCUGCAGAUCUCCUGACUGUCAGGUUCCAUACUGUACUGCUACUGCUGCCGGCACUACUACCCCUUCACAGCUACAGAUCUCCUGACUGUCAGGUUCCAUACUGUACUGCUACUGCUGCCGGCACUACUACCCCUACACAGCUGCAGAUCUCCUGACUGUCAGGUUCCAUACUGUACUGCUACUGCUGCCGGCACUACUACCCCUACACAGCUGCAGAUCUCCUAACUGUCAGGUUCCAUACUGUACUGCUACUGCUGCCGGCACUACUACCCCUUCACAGCUACAGAUCUCCUGACUGUCAGGUUCCAUACUAUACUGCUACUGCUGCCGGAACUACUAACCCUUCACAGCUACAGAUCUCCUGACUGUCAGGUUCCAUACUGUACUGCUACUGCUACCGGAACUACUACCCCUUCACAGCUGCAGAUCUCCUGACUGUCAGGUUCCAUACUGUACUGCUACCGGAACUACUACCCCUACACAGCUGCAGAUCUCCUGCCUGUCAGGUUCCAUACUGUACUGCUACUGGAACUACUACCCCUACACAGCUGCAGAUCUCCUGCCUGUCAGGUUCCAUACUGUACUGCUACUGCUGCCGGAACUACUACCCCUUCACAGCUACAGAUCUCCUGACUGUCAGGUUCCAUACUGUACUGCUACUGCUACCGGAACUACUACCCCAACACAGCUGGAGAUCUCCUGCCUGUCAGGUUCCAUACUAUACUGCUACUGCUACCGGAACUACUACCCCUACACAGCUGCAGAUUUCCUGCCUGUCAGGUUCCAUACUGUACUGCUACCGGAACUACUACCCCUACACAGCUGCAGAUCUCCUGCCUGUCAGGUUCCAUACUGUACUGCUACUGCUGCCGGAACUACUACCCCUUCACAGCUACAGAUCUCCUGACUGUCAGGUUCCAUACUGUACUGCUACUGCUACCGGAACUACUACCCCAACACAGCUGGAGAUCUCCUGCCUGUCAGGUUCCAUACUAUACUGCUACUGCUACCGGAACUACUACCCCUACACAGCUGCAGAUCUCCUGCCUGUCAGGUUCCAUACUGUACUGCUGCUGCCAUGGCUACUACUACCCCUACACAGCAGCAUAUCUCCUGCCUGUCAGAUUCCACACCAUACUUCUGCUGCCGGCACUACUACCCCUACACAGCUGCAGAUCUCCUGACUGUCAGGUUCCAUAUCGUACUGCUGCUGUCAUGGCUACUAUUGCCAGUACUACUACACCUACAGAGCUGCAGAUCUCCUGCCUGUCAGGUUCCAUACCACACCAUACUGCUACUGUCAUGGCUACUACUACCCCUACACAGCUGCAGAUCUCCUGCCUGUCAAGUUCCAUACCAUACCGUACUGCUGCUGUCAUGGCUAGUAUUGCCAGUACUACUACACCUACACAGUGGCACAUCUCCUGCCUUAUUUGUCAGGUUCCAUACCAUACUGCUGCUGUCAUGGCUACUACUACCCCUACACAGCUGCAGAUCUCCUGCCUGUCAGGUUCCAUACCAUACCGUACUGCUGCUGUCAUGGCUACUAUUGCCAGUACUACUACACCUACACAGUGGCACAUCUCCUGCCUUAUUUGUCAGGUUCCAUACCGUACUGCUGCUGCCGGCACUACUACCCCUACACAGCUGCAGAUCUCCUGACUGUCAGGUUCCAUACCAUACUGCUACUGCUACCGGCACUACUACCCCUACACAGCUGCAGAUCUCAUGCCUGUCAGAUUCCUUACCAUACCGUACUGCUGCAGUCAUGGCUACUACUACCCCUACACAGCUGCAGAUCUCCUGCCUGUCAGGUUCCACACCAUACUGCUACUGCUGCCGGCACUACUACCCCUACACAGCUGCAGAUCUCCUGCCUGUCAGGUUCCAUACCAUACCGUACUACUGCAGUCAUGGCUACUACUACCCCUACACAGCUGCAGAUCUCCUGCCUGUCAGGUUCGACACCAUACUGCUACUGCUGCCGGCACUACUACCCCUACACAGCUGCAGAUCUCCUGCCUGUCAGGUUCCAUACCAUACCGUACUGCUGCAGUCAUGGCUACUACUACCCCUACACAGCUGCAGAUCUCCUGCCUGUCAGGUUCCACACCAUACUGCUACUGCUGCCGGCACUACUACCCCUACACAGCUGCAGAUCUCCUGCCUGUCAGGUUCCAUACCAUACCGUACUGCUGCAGUCAUGGCUACUACUACCCCUACACAGCUGCAGAUCUCCUGCCUGUCAGGUUCCACACCAUACUGCUACUGCUGCCGGCACUACUACCCCUACACAGCUGCAGAUCUCCUGCCUGUCAGGUUCCACACCAUACCGUACUGCUGCAGUCAUAGCUACUACUACCCCUACACCGCUGCAGAUCUCCUGCCUGUCAGGUUCCACACCAUACUGAUACUGUCAUGGCUUCUAUUACCCCUACACAGCUGCAGAUCUCCUGCCUUUCAGGUUCCACACCAUACCGUACUGCUGCAGUCAUGGCUACUACUACCCCUACACAGCUGCAGAUCUCCUGCCUGUCAGAUUCCACACCAUACCGUACUGCUGCUGUCAUGGCCACUAUUGCCAGUACUACUACACCUACACAGUGGCACAUCUCCUGCCUUAUUUGUCAGGUUCCAUACCAUACUGCUGCUGUCAUGGCUACUACUACCCCUACACAGCUGCAGAUCUCCUGCCUGUCAGGUUCCACACCAUACUGAUACUGUCAUGGCUACUACUACCCCUACACAGCUGCAGAUCUCCUGCCUGUCAGGUUCCAUACUGUACUGCUACUGCUACCGGAACUACUACCCCUACACAGCUGCAGAUCUCCUGACUGUCAGGUUCCAUACUGUACUGCUGCUGCCAUGGCUACUACUACCCCUACACAGCAGCAUAUCUCCUGCCUGUCAGGUUCCAUACCAUACCGUACUGCUGCAGUCAUGGCUACUACUACCCCUACACAGCUGCAGAUCUCCUGCCUGUCAGGUUCCACACCAUACCGUACUGCUGCAGUCAUGGCUACUACUACCCCUACACAGCUGCAGAUCUCCUGCCUGUCAGGUUCCAUACCAUACCGUACUGCUGCAGUCAUGGCUACUACUACCCCUACACAGCUGCAGAUCUCCUGCCUGUCAGGUUCCACACCAUACUGAUACUGUCAUGGCUACUACUACCCCUACAGAGCUGCAGAUCUCCUGCCUGUCAGGUUCCAUACCGUACUGCUGCUGUCAUGGCUACUACUACCCCUACACAGCUGCAGAUCUCCUGCCUGUCAGGUUCCAUACCAUACCGUACUGCUGCAGUCAUGGCUACUACUACCCCUACACAGCUGCAGAUCUCCUGCCUGUCAGGUUCCACACCAUACUGAUACUGUCAUGGCUACUACUACCCCUACAGAGCUGCAGAUCUCCUGCCUGUCAGGUUCCAUACCGUACUGCUGCUGUCAUGGCUACUACUACCCCUACACAGCUGCAGAUCUCCUGCCUGUCAGGUUCCACACCAUACCGUACUGCUGCAGUCAUGGCUUCUACUACCCCUACACAGCUGCAGAUCUCCUGCCUGUCAGGUUCCAUACCGUACUGCUGCAGUCAUGGCUACUAUUGCCAGUACUACUACACCUACACAGUGGCACAUCUCCUGCCUUAUUUGUCAGGUUCCAUACUGUACUGCUGCUGUCAUGGCUACUACUACCCCUACACAGCUGCAGAUCUCCUGCCUGUCAGGUUCCAUACCAUACUGCUACUGCUGCCGGCACUACUACCCCUACACAGCUGCAGAUCUCCUGACUGUCAGGUUCCACACCAUACUGCUACUGCUGCCGGCACUACUACCCCUACACAGCUGCAGAUCUCCUGCCUGUCAGAUUCCACACCAUACUGAUACUGCUGCCGGCACUACUACCCCUACAUAGCUGCAGAUCUCCUGCCUGUCAGGUUCCAUACCAUACCGUACUGCUGCAGUCAUGGCUACUACUACCCCUACACCGCUGCAGAUCUCCUGCCUGUCAGGUUCCAUACCAUACUGCUACUGCUGCCGGCACUACUACCCCUACACAGCUGCAGAUCUCCUGCCUGUCAGAUUCCACACCAUACUGAUACUGCUGCCGGCACUACUACCCCUACAUAGCUGCAGAUCUCCUGCCUGUCAGGUUCCAUAUCAUACCAUACUGCUGCUGUCAUGGCUACUAUUGACAGUUCUACUACACCUACACAAUGGCGCAUCUCCUGCCUUAUUUGUCAGGUUCCAUACCGUACUGCUGCUGCCGGCACUACUACCCCUACACAGCUGCAGAUCUCCUGACUGUCAGGUUCCAUACCAUACUGCUACUGCUGCCGGCACUACUACCCCUACACAGCUGCAGAUCUCCUGCCUGUCAGGUUCCAUACCAUACCGUACUGCUGCAGUCAUGGCUACUAUUGCCAGUACUACUACCCCUACACAGCUGCAGAUCUCCUGCCUGUCAGGUUCCAUACCAUACUGCUACUGCUGCCGGCACUUCUACCCCUACACAGCUGCAGAUCUCCUGCCUGUCAGGUUCCAUACCAUACCGUACUGCUGCUGUCAUGGCUACUACUACCCCUACACAGCUGCAGAUCUCCUGCCUGUCAGGUUCCUUACCAUACCGUACUGCUGCAGUCAUGGCUACUAUUGCCAGUACUACUACACCUACACAGUGGCACAUCUCCUGCCUUAUUUGUCAGGUUCCACACUGUGCUGUUGCUGCUUGAAAAAAGGGAGAAUUUGUGGACCAUUUAUUCAGAACAAGCCGCUGCUUUUUCCGAUAUUACCACAUGUGUAUAAACACUGGCAGGUGUCUCCAAUAAGGGACAAUAUAUGGAAAGAUUAUUAUUUUUUGUUUAAGAGCCCAUUCACACGUCCGUAGUUCUGUGUCUGCAUCCACUCCGCAAUUUUGCAAAACGGGUGCAGACCCAUUCUUUUCAAUGGGGCCGCAAAAGAUGUGGACAGCACACCGUGUGUGCUGUCCGCAUCCGUAGUUCUGCCCCGCAAAAAAGAGAGAGCAUG